GAGAGAGAGAGAGAGAGAGAGAGAGAGUGAGAGGGAGAGAAGAGGCAUGGCCAACGCAUUUGCGUUGAAGGGGACAGCUCCUCUCCGUUGUUACGCGAGGGGAGAUCUCGUUCUCAAUCCUCUCCUCCUCCUCCUCCUCUUCCUCUUCCUCGUUGUGGUGGUGGUGGACUCCACCUUCCUCACGGUGGGGCCCCAAAAGGAGGAGGAGAGAGAGAGAGAGAGAGAGAGAGAGGGGAGAGAAGCCGAGGAGAGAGAAGAGCCAACUAUGGGAGAGGAGGAGAAGAGAGGAGGUGAGGUGAGGUGAGGUGAGAGAGAGAGAGAGCCCGUGGAAAAAUUUUAGUCCCAAAGGUCACGUCUUUUUGAUUCCUUCCUUCUCCCUCCCCCACUCUCUCUGUAUUCUCUCUCUAUCUUCGCUUUUUAGAGAGAGAGAAAAGUCUACCAAGCGAUUGCUUUCUCUUUUAUUCUUUGGUGUGUUUUGACCUCUAAGAACAGGUCUCCGUCACAUCAAUCCUUUGUUGUUGUUUUUGUUGUUCUUGUGUUCUUCCUCUCCUUCUCUUCUAUUGGUUGGAGAGAGAAAAGAGAGAGAGAGAGCGUAAGAGGAGGGCGAAGAGGAGGAGGAAGAGCGAGAAAAGGUGAGAUUUUUGCGUGUUGGGGAUCAAAUAAACACAGCGAGAGGACUUAUUUGAUUAUAACAGCUUAAGAAUUAUUUGGAGGAGAUGGGUAGGAAGGGGAAGUGGUUUAAUGCUUUGAAAAAAGUUUUUACCCAUGAUUCUGCAAAGAAGCAAUUCAAGAGGAGUAAAUCUAAAAAGAAAUUGAAAAUUGGGCACUCCCACCAACCCGAUCCGGGCCCAUCAAAUUCAAAUGAAGGGAAUAACAUUCCGGAUGUCGUAGCGCCACCACCCCCUCCUCCUCUACCAGCUGAGGAGGUUAAGGAGGUUAAAUUAAUGGAGUUGAAGAAUGAAGAGGACAAGCACGCAUAUUCGGUGGCUCUCGCGUCUGCUGUCGCGGCAGAGGCUGCUGCUGUCGCAGCUCAGGCAGCGGCGGAGGUUGUUCGUCUUACUGCUACCACUAGGGUUCCCGGAAAAUCGAGGGAUGAGAUCGCGGCAAUCAAGAUUCAAACUGCUUUCCGAGGUUACAUGGCAAGGAGAGCAUUGCGAGCGCUGAGAGGUCUUGUUAGGCUCAAGUCAUUGGUUGAUGGAAAUGCAGCCAAGCGCCAAACAGCAAACACCUUGCGUUCUAUGCAAACAUUGGCUAGAGUUCAAUCGCAGAUCCAGUCUAGAAGGAUAAGAAUGUCUGAAGAAAACCACGCUCUCCAAAAGCAGCUGCAAUUAAAACGUGAAAGGGAGCUCGAGAAAUUGAAGAUGGGCCAAGAAUGGGAUGACAGCCUUCAAUCGAAAGAGCAAAUGGAAGCCAGUCUACUGAGUAGGCAAGAAGCUGCGAUAAGAAGAGAAAGGGCACUCGCAUAUGCAUUUUCUCAUCAGUGGAAAGCCUCUUCCCGAGCUACCACCCCAAUGUUCACAGACCCAAACAAUCCUCGAUGGGGCUGGAGUUGGUUGGAACGGUGGAUGGCUGCCAGGCCAUGGGAGGGCCAAACCAUGGUAACAAAUAACGAAGCAACGGACAAUGCUUCUGUAAAAAGUGCUACAAAAAAAGCAGUUCCUCGAGAAGCCAUUUCGUAUCAAGCAGCACCAUCUACACCCCCAAAAACAAGCCGGCCCCCUAGCCGCCGGUCCCCAUCAACGCCCCCAGCGAAGCCCCCAUUGUUCGUGGCAAAUAUCAAGCAGUCGAGCCCGAGAGGGACCCGGGCUCCCUCCGAGGAUGACUCGAGGAGUAUAGCAAGCCUGCACUCUGACAGACCAAGGAGGCACAGCCCUGCAGUACUUGCAGGGUCUUCAAUACGGGACGAUGAGAGUCUGAUGAGCUCGCCUGCGACCCGUGGAUACAUGCAAUCGACUGAGUCGGCUAGGGCCAGGUCCCGGUUACACAGCCCAUCGAGCGAGAAGGCCAAAACUCCAGAGAAAGGAUUGGCGGGCUCGGUGAUAAAGCGCCUAUCCUUUCCUGCGGUGGUAGAGAAGCCCGGAACAGCUUCUCAAGGAAGGGCGAGGCGCCUUUCUGGUCCUCCUAAGGUUGAUGUUGCCUCAUUGUAAGGAUGUUUCCUCCUCGGUGUUUAUAGCAAAUCACAAGCAAUGCAGAGAGCUACCUUGUUUAAUAAAGUCGGCGCAUCUUCCUCCUGUUUUGUUGUUGUACUCUUAUUCAAGUGUGGAUUGUUCCAUGUGUGGGAGAGAUUUUCAUCAAAGGGGAUGUUGUCCUGGUGUUCACUUUUCAGAAUUUUCUUUUGGGCUUUUCAUGGGUUUCUUCGUUUGCUACUUAAAAAUAACAGGGAGUGCUUGGUUUUUCAUUGUAAAUGGUCAUUUAUGUCAAUCUUGAGUGUGAAAGAUAUAGUAACCAUCUCAUUUGUGAUGUUUAUUGUGCUGUAUAGAAAUAAAAAGAUGGUAAUGUUUGUUAUA